GGCGCGCAUGCGCAGUGUCGGGCGCUAGACGGCAGCGGCGAUGGCUCCGCAGUGACGGUUGGAUCUAACGGUUGCUAUUGACAUUGCGGCGCGGAUCGGGCGGCGGAUCCUGCCCCGCGAGCGGCGCCCGCCCCGCGGCCGCGCAGGCAGGAGCCACCGGCCCCGCGGAGGAGGCCGCGGCGGCGGCGUGGUGAUGCGGCCGCGCUGAGGCCCAGGUGCAUCCGCCUCCCUCCCCCGCCGCCGGAUCGGGCAGCGCGGCCCGGCCCGCCGCCGCCCUGAGCUGGCUUCGCGGUUCCUCCCUGCGGCCGCCGCCAUGCCGGGCCGCCGCUGAGGCGCGGCCCGCCGCGGCCGAGGAAGCGCCCGCGCGGAGAGGAGCAGGGCCCGGGGGAGGGCGGCCCGGCAUGGCCCGCAGCCUGGAGUAGCGCCGCCGCCUCCCUGCGCUGUGCGGCCGCGGGCGGGCCGAGGGCCGCCGCUCGGGAGCGAGGCCCCGCUGGAGGCGGAGGAGGAGCCAGCGCGGCCCCUCUGACAGGGCCCGCCGGGCCGCCGCGGCCUCCGCGCUGCCGCCGCCGCGCGGCUCCAGGUGGCCCCGGACCAAGGUGACACCCGGCCUGCCCCCGCCCCGGGGCCACCUGCCCCCUCGGCCGGCACGGACUCGGCGCCGCGCUUUCUUCUCACCCCGGAGCCGGCGGCGUGCGAGCGGCUGCGAUGAACCCGGUGAAUGCCACUGCUCUCUACGUUUCAGCGAGCCGCCUGGUGCUCAACUACGACCCUGGGGAUCCCCAGUCCUUUACCGAGAUUAACAAGCUCCUGCCCUACUUCAGGCAGUCCCUCUCCUGCUGCGUUUGCGGAAAUUUGCUACAAGACCCUAUUGCUCCUACCAACUCCACAUGUCAGCAUUAUGUCUGCAAAACUUGUAAAGGCAAGAAGAUGAUGAUGAAACCGUCAUGUAGCUGGUGCAAGGACUAUGAACAGUUUGAGGAGAAUAAGCAACUAAGCAUCUUAGUGAACUGCUAUAAGAAACUCUGCGAAUACAUAACGCAGACUCCACUGGCACGAGAUAUUAUCCAGGCAGUUGAUUGUUCUGCAGAUCUUUUGGCUUUGCUUAAAGAUGGAUCACCACUCCAUGAAGAGACAGAAAAAUCUUCUGAUACAGCCUUGGCUUUGUGUUUGACACAUUCCCCAGUACCUUCAACCUCAGAACUCACAACUGAUCCUCCAGCUAGUUUUACAUCAAUCCCUGAAAGCACACACAACAUUGAUCUUAGAGGUUCUGUUAUCAACGGGUUGCCCAAUUGUAAUGGGCUUUCAGUAGAUAAACUUGGAGUGAAUAUUCCUUCUCCUGAACACGCAAACACGAUCGAUGUCUGCAGCACUGGAGAGUAUAUAAAAACUGAAGAUCUCUCUAGCAGCUUGCAGCCUGUGUGUGACACAGUUUCUACUAGUGACUUGUGUACGACAGGCAUUGACAUCUGCAGUUUCAGUGAAGAUAUAAAACCAGGUGGCUCGCUCCUCCUCAGCGUCGAGGAGGUUCUCCGGAGCUUAGAGACCGUUUCAAAUACUGAAGUCUGUGAUUCUAAUUUGCAGCCCACCUUGGAAGCAAACAUGACUAACGGCCCUUUCCUGCAGCUUUCUCCCCCACCUCUUAGCCAUAACAUUUUCAUGUCCACAGAUGCUUCUCCUCACGGAAUCUCCUGUACAGCGGCGACGCCCAAGGUAGUUAAAUUAAACAGAAAGCGGUCUCGAUCAGAAAGCGACAGCGAGAAGGUGCAACCUCUACCCAUUUCCAGCAUCAUCUGUGGCCCAACACUGGGGGCAUCGGCUCCUGUAACAGUGAAACAGGAAAACAAAAUGUCUUUGCAGCCUAUUGCAACUGUACCUAAUGGAGGCACUACUCCCAAAAUAAGUAAAACUGUGCUCCUGUCUAACAAAAGCAUGAAAAAGAAUUUAGAACAUGCCCCUAAGAAAUCUCACCCAAAAGCCAAACCAGGGGUGCUGAAAACAAAAGACAAAGCAAAGGAGAAAGUUCCUAGCAGUAAUGUUAUGCCAGGAAGCCCAACAAAAACUGUGUAUAAAAAGCCACAAGAAAAGAAAGGGUGUAAAUGUGGUCGUGCCACCCAAAAUCCAAGUGUUCUUACAUGCCGUGGCCAACGCUGCCCUUGCUAUUCUAACCGCAAAGCCUGCCUUGACUGCAUAUGCCGUGGCUGCCAAAACUCAUACAUGGCUAAUGGGGAGAAGAAGCUGGAGGCAUUUGCAGUGCCAGAAAAGGCCUUGGAGCAGACUAGGCUUACUUUGGGCAUUAAUGUGACAAGCAUUGCGGUGCGCAAUGCCAGCACAAGCACCAGUGUAAUCAAUGUGACAGGGUCACCAGUAACUACGUUUUUAGCUGCCAGUACACACGAUGAUAAAAGUUUGGAUGAAGCUAUAGACAUGAGAUACGACUGUUGAGUCUUUCUUUCUUUUCCCUGCCGUCAGUAGGGGAACUGCUACAGUUCUAAGGCAGCUAUGGUUCUGUUUAACUUGCUGGAGCUCCUGCGUUUAGAUCACUUGUAUCAAGUGUUUUUCAUUGCUAUGUUAUGUGUAUUAGUGUCUGGGAAAUAGUUGCAGAUAAUGGAGGAGUUACCCUAAAACUGUUUUUAGUUCUUACAGCACCUCAUAGUUUGAGAUCAAUUGCUGAUGUAAAUGAUUUUAUCACAAGAUCUUUGGCAAGGAGUAUGUUAACCUCAUUGUACCUCAUCAUGCUUUGUGCUCAGUCAAAGCUUCUGCUUAAACGUAGAAAAGUGGUAUCUAGUUAGUCCAUCUAAACUGUGCUACAUCCUGGUGUAGAAAAAUAAUUAUCGAUUAGUUACAGUCACCGUUGCUAGAAAAUAACCUAAAAUUUCCUGUAGGAAAUGCAGCAUCGAGCUGGAGAAGGCACUCUGAAAAGGGUAAGUAAUCUCCAAUGGUGAGAAUUAGUAAUCUAUGCUAUGGAACAGUUUAAAAAAAAAAAAAAAAAGAUUAGUAAAUAUAUUGAAAAAGCUGAUAGCCCAAAAAGCAGCUCAGUCCCCAGCAAGGGUCAGGAUGAUCAGUUGGUUGGGUGUGAACGGCUGACUCGGGUGCAUCAUCCCCGUUAACAAUUUCAUUCUUUUUUUUUUUUUUCCCUUGACAAUUCCACAGGUCGUGUUCCUGCUCAGUUAUGCCCUCUGUGCCCGCUCCCUUUGUGUGGCAUGUUACUGAGUUAUUUUGGCUGGGGUGAGAAAAUUACUUGUAUGCAAAGAAGCCUCAAGUUUUAUUAACACCAUUCUCUCCUCCCUCCAACCUUUUUUUUUUUUUUUUUUUUUGGGGGGGGGGGGGGGGUGCGGGGAGUUCCUGCUGAUUUCACUGUUGUUCCUUCUAGAAAAGGUAGGGGGUGGCGGGGGAGUGGUUAUGGGUUAUGGGAAGACUCCUUGGCUGAUUCCCCCGAGGCCGCUGCCAGUCAGUGCCUGGGAUACAUGGAGACCUCCCCAGCAGCUACCACCAUGGGGGUGGUUGGUUUGUUUGUUUGUUGAGUCUGUGCCACCGCAGGCCUGGGACCCACCCCCCGUGAGGGCAGUUCUUCACUGACGGGCAUCUUCCAGCUGGGACCGAGGGCUUGGUGCGCUCUGGGGUCACAUGCUUUGGAUGUUUGAUAGGCAGAAUAAGCUGUGUAACUCGCUUCACCCAGAAUCUAUCUCAAUUUUUGCUAAUAUGUUGAAAAUAGCUUUCGAAGGUCAGUGCUUUUCAACCUGGGCUGAAAGGCUCUAAAAUGGAAAAAAAAAAAACCCCAAAGUUGUCAAAGGGCUUACCUCAGAAAGUGUUAAAAUGAAAGCGCCUUCGUAGGAAUUCAGCUUUAUGCAGAAAUGGUUUAUUUCGGUGUAAUCCCUAAAUAAGAGUACAAGCGGAAUAAUUGUGUCUUGCAUUUAGGGCUUCAUUGGCAGCCUAAAAAAAGUCAGAUUACUUUGUGAAAGCAGAAAUUUCUCCUCUUUGAAUGAUACAGCACAAAUGAAACAUGGGCUGACUAGAACACAAAACAUUACCUUCUAAUUUAAAAGGCAAUUCCUGUUUCAACAGCAUGUUAAAUAGUAUGUGAAUUUUUUUGAGUUACUUUACUGCUUCCAUCUCUCCUCUUAUUCACCCAGUGACCCCGCAGCGCUUUCCAACCCGGCGUUAGGUGUAUUUUGAUUUAGCACAAAGCAUGUACAAUGAUGGUUCCUCACCUAAGAAAUAAGCAAAAACCUUUGGACACAAAUGACACCUCCUUUUGUUUUGUAGUGUACCAUGGUGUCAUUUUCUGUGAAUGUGGUCAGAUCUUUUUGUUGGUUUUGGUUUGUUUCUCCCCCCGUCUUUUUUGUGGGGUGGGUAGGGUGGGGGGUUAAAGCCAUAGGAAGAAAAAUGUGAUGUACGUGUCCAGUCUGUACUUUUUUGUUUUUGUUUUGCAAGAAGAGUUGAAAAAUAUUUUUGAUAAUGAGUAAAUGGUGGAAAAUG